CACCAUUUCGGUUACAUCCAGUUAUGUCCAUUUUCUAUCAGGUUCGUUUGGCAGGAAGUAUUAGAAGAAAUUGGUCUCGUCGUAUUAUGUAAGUAUGAAGUUGGUGAUGGUGGUUGUUAUAUUAGAUAUGGAUUUGGUUAUGAUGCAUCUACUCAAGAUUAUAAGGUUGUCAAGAUCUUUAGUUUUCCUCGAAUUGAUGAUGAGGGAAGACAUGUCAACAUCGUUAGUGUUUAUAGCUUAAAGGCUAAUACUUGGUCAGCUAUUCAGGGGUUUGAUAGUGGUCAUAUAAAUGGAAAUGUGGGUGUGUUUGCAAAUGGGGUUCUUCAUUGGGAAGGAUGCUAUAAUCAUAUUCCGGGUGGUGCUUCCUCGGAGAUAGUUACGUUGGAUUUGGCUAUGGAGAGAUAUGGUAGAAUAGCACUGCCUAGUUAUGAAGGUGGAGGUAUUCAUUGGACAUUAGGUGAAUCAAGAGGGCUUUUAGUUGCUUGUUGCAACUAUGAAUCGAAUAGGGCAGAUAUGUGGGUGAUGAAGGAGUAUGGUGUCGAGGAAUCCUGGACUAAAUUGGUUACCAUAUCAUCACCGGAUGAUCGUAGAGUUAAUAUCUCGCCAUUGUUUGUGGCAGAGAAUGGUGAUGAGGUUCUGGUGAAGCUUGGCACAGAGGUAACACUGUACAAUUCAAGGAAUGCAUCAUUCAAGCGAAUUGCCGAUUAUGUGUCGGGUGAUUUUCUUCAAGUUCAAGUGGCUACUUACUUAGAUGGCCUUGCUUCACCUCAUAAUUAGUAACCUGAUGACAGGUUACAUACACCAUGAAGGCAAAGAAAGACAGGGUAAAUGAUCUCCCUGAUUGCCUGGUGGCUAUGUUCUCAAAUUUAUUGAUAGCUUGUGUCUUGUCAUUGCUGUCUUUUUGUAUUUUUCCUUUUCUUGUACAGGUGAUACGAAUAUCAUGUUCAAUUGGAGUCCUAUAUUUCUAUUCAAUUAUCAAAAUCCUUGAAUCCCACUAAAGAUCAUCAGUUUCGAAUAGGAAAGAUUUGGGUAAUAAACAGUUGAUUGAAUGCCAUAUUAAAUAUGUACUGAUCAUGUUCUCAUGAGCUUCAUGAAAUAUCCUAAAGAAAUUUGGUUCAUUUUAAUAGUUUGUUGAAUAACUAGAGGCGUGAUACUGUA